GCUCCAAGUGUAGAUGAAAAAGAUAAAUACUGUAAGGUUUAUUUUUGAAUACACGUAUAAAGGAUUAGACUUAAGGUUAGCCUUUACAAUCCAAUCUUAGUUUAUGAAAGAGAGCAAACUAAUUUUUCUGCCGUGUAACCUUUAGAGGGCAAAUGAUUGGGAAAUUCAAGAAAUUGAAAUACGGAAAUGAAAGCAACGAUAGGCUGUUUGAAAUAAGAAACCUGGUUCCCGACAGGCACCUUAGGAUGCUUUUCGGAAGGCAGACCACCAUCAAAGCAUCAGGUUAAGAGAGGGGCGGGGCGCGGAGAGCCAAUCCGAACGAUCUCUACCUGUUUCUCGCGCUGCCCUGAACCGCCGCUAAUUGUGGUCGCCUAGCAACUGCAGAAGCAACCGUUGCGCGGCGCGUCCAGCACGUAGCCACAGGAGCCAAUCGAAAACUGGACGGUGAGAUUUGGGCGGAGCCGCGAAGCCAGGCCAAUCAGCUGCAGGCGCGGCGCGUUUUAAACAGCUUCCGUGGCGAAACGGCGUGUUUACUGUUUAAGGGUCUGUCGAAUAUCGGAGGAGGCGAGGAUGCCGAGCCGCCCCGAGGAUUACGAAGUACUCCUCACCAUCGGUGCCGGUUCAUACGGCAGAUGCCAGAAGGUGCGGCGGAGGGCGGACGGCAAGGUUUUAGUCUGGAAAGAGCUGGACUAUGGAUCUAUGACAGAAUCUGAAAAACAAAUGCUAGUUUCUGAAGUGAACUUACUUCGUGAAUUGAAACAUCCAAAUAUUGUUCGUUAUUAUGAUCGUAUAAUUGACAGGACAAAUACAACACUUUAUAUUUUGAUGGAAUAUUGUGAAGGUGGAGACUUGGCUACGUUGAUUGCAAAAUGUACAAAAGAAAGACAUUAUCUGGAUGAAGACUUUGUUCUGCGAGUCCUUACUCAAUUGACUUUGGCCCUGAAGGAGUGCCACAGGCGGAGUGAUGGUGGUCACACUGUGCUUCACCGAGACUUGAAGCCAGCCAAUAUUUUCCUUGAUGGAAAGAAAAAUGUGAAGCUUGGUGACUUUGGCCUGGCUAGAAUACUUCAUCAUGAUACCAGUUUUGCAAAAACAUUUGUUGGUACACCAUAUUAUAUGUCUCCAGAGCAAAUAAAUCGCAUGUCCUAUAAUGAAAAAUCUGACAUCUGGUCUCUAGGCUGUUUGCUAUAUGAGUUAUGUGCAUUGUUACCUCCAUUUACAGCUUUUAAUCAGAAAGAGCUAGCAGAAAAGAUAAGGGAAGGAAAGUUCAGACGAAUUCCAUAUCGCUAUUCGGAACAGCUGAAUGAACUCAUCACAAAAAUGUUAAACCUGAAGGAUUAUUGCCGGCCUUCAGUUGAAGAAAUUCUACAUAAUCCGUUAAUAGUUGAUUUGGUAUCUGAGGAGCAAGUGAAAAUUUUGGAGAGGAAAGGGCGACGAUCAGAACAGGAUAAAGUAGAAAGACUUUCAGGAACACCAACCAAUGAAUUAAAACUGAAAGAACAACAGCUGCAAGAGAAAGAGAAAGCUAUAAAGGAAAGGGAACACAGACUCGAACAGCGAGAACGAGAAUUGUGUAUUCGGGAGAGACUAGCAGAGGACAAAUUGUCUAGGGCUGAGAAUUUGAUGAAGAAUUACAACUUAUUCAAGGACCAUAGAUUCUUCCUGCCAGCCACUUGCCCAGAAGAGGAAGUGUUACCUGUCCCUACAGCAAGAAAAAAGAAAGUCCAGUUUGGUGAUGAAAGUAAAGAAAAUGUUCAAGGUGAGGAAAACCUGGAAAAUUUUUCCCAAUCAAGAGAAAAAAAAUGUAACUUGAAGAAGCGUCUUUAUGCUGCAAACCUGCGCGCUCAAGCCCUAUGUGAACUGGAGAAACACUACCAGUUGAAAAGCCGUCAGCUACUUGGAAUGCGUUGAAACAAGUCAUUUGUGCCUGUACAGAAUAGUGAUAUUUCUAUGGUGUUUUAAAAGUAUAUUUUUGUAAUGGUUGUGAUGAAAAGGUCUGUGUAGAUAGUUUUAGAUGAAAAAUGUUUUAAGCUAAUGAUUUGUGAGCAUUUCUCUUCUUAGGAAUUGUGCACUUUUAUGCACUCAACGACACCAAGAAAUUACUAAUACUUUUAACAGAAAAAAAAUGGUUUAGAAGAUGUUUUAGGAUUAAGAUGAGAGUAAUGUAACAUUGCUACUAUGUAUCAAAA